UGUGUGUCUUCCGCUGGUCGUCUAGCCGCGUCGUCAGUAGUCAGUCGAGAAGGUGUUCGAAUAGACAUCGUCGGUGAAGCAGUACCGUCGUCGUCGAGUGUGAAGUCGAGUUUCGUUUUGCGUUGUGCGAAGUGGCGGCCGUCCCUCUCCGCUUUGCAUGCGUCCCGUCCCGUCCACACAAGAUAGAGCUGAGCUGUGAUCCAUGCAAUCUAGUCGUCAUCACCGUCGUCGGCAGUGGAUCUAGAUCGUGAUUCGUGGUCGAUUUUUGGGAGCCGUUCUGGGAGUUUGGAGUGGAUUAUUCCGGAAAUUAGGUGGUGUUCGUUGUGCAAGAAGGGGUUCAGUUGGGGGAUUUGAGUGAAAUAAAAGGAAAAAGUGCAGCAAAAGUGGCCAACAGUUGGUGGGUUUAGUGCAAUUCAGGGUGAGAAGAAAACGGUGUGGGGUCAGUUCCUCCCCCCUCUUGACCAGUCCGGUUCGGAUUGAAAAUAAUGGCGAAUAUCCAUGAUGGUGUUGUGCUCAAAGGUGCACUUUUUCUGCUGAUUUUGUUAGCCGAUUGCGGUGUGAACUAUGCGGAAGAUUCUGCCACAGCUGCCCGUGUGAGGCGACAAUCAGACCCAGAGAAGAAACCCCCAGCUGAAUCGCCCCCUCUGGUGGACACAUCUCAGCCGAUCAACCAAAAGGCUCCUGUCAACGAAAACAAAACCAGUGCAGCGAAGCAGAAGCUGCUGAAUGAGAAUCUGACCGGCAAGAAGCUGGCCAGUCUAAACGGAACCACCUAUACCGACCACCUACUCGGGUUCAAUGGAACCGGGCAGCGAAGGGACUAUAACAUCGUAUCGAUGAAACCCGGAGCAGAACCGACCACAAUCCCCACCGUCGUCGGCGCAGGUAGCAGUAACGUUUCGAUUGAAUCAGUUGCCAGCAGCAGUAGUGAUGGCAAAAGUAAACUGAUAGCGAAACUUUUCUCCGCAGCAGAUAGCAGCAGCACUGGGAAUGCAUCGGCGACCACCACUACGGUGGAUCCGCUGAGUGCGGCCAUCAAUAUCGACACGGUGGAACAGCCGGAGUCCGAGCUAAAUGCCACGCUCCAUAAUUACAACAUCACAAAAACGCAGGAAGAUUACCACACUUAUUACAACAGCGUGUGGACGACAGACAAGAAUGCCAGCGAUGCCUAUUGGAAGCGGCUGGAUAACAUGAACGUGAGCAGUUUGCUGUCUAACUCGCAUCGACGAGCUACGACUGUCCUGCUGUCCUUCGAUUUUGCGUACUAUGGUUAUCCCAUCCGGAACAUCACUAUCGCCACCGGUGGGUUCCUGUACACAGGUGACUACGUGCACUCGUGGCUUGCCUCGACGCAGUACAUCGCCCCGCUUAUGGCCAAUUUCGAUACGACACUUUCCAGCGAUUCGUUUGUGAAGUUCCGUGAUGAUGGUGAAACCUUUACGGUAGUGUGGGAGAAUGUAUCGCUGCAGGAUCGACCCGAAAAUGGUUCAUUCACGUUUAGUGCCACGCUGAACAAGUCCGGCGACAUUGUGUUCGCCUAUCAGACGAUUCCCAUUGAUAUCCAGCAAAUCUACGAUGACAAACAUCCGGUCAAAGUGGGACUGUCGGAUGCGUACAUCAUCGAUAAGACCAUUUUCCGCACCAAGCAGAAAACAAUCUACGAAUAUCACAAAGUCAACUUUGCCCGCGAGAAAGUUCAGAACAACACACUGAUUACCCUCUAUGCUCAGCCCACAUGUUACAGCUUUAAGGACUGUCAAUCAUGUAUGAAUCAUGAGGGUGCUGAGUUCAAGUGCAUUUGGUGUCCCACAUUGAACCGCUGCUCCACGGGAGUUGAUCGUAAGCGACAAGACUGGAUCCAGAAAGGGUGCGACAAAAAUCAAAUCAUGGAAAUAGCCUACUGCCCAGCCCUCGGCCAGAAGGGCAACAACUACGGUGAACCGAUUGAGAUCAGCACCGAAGGGAACGACACCAACGGAACCUAUCGGCACGAGGCCGAAAUCCCGCCCUCCAAGGGCAGCACCAAUAAGAGCAAAUCGGAGCUGCACCCGUCCAGUGGCGAAGACGGUGUGAACAAGGUUCCGGCGUUCCACGCGGCCAUGGAGCCGGAAAACUCAAACAGCAGCCUGCUGGUGUCGAUGAUGGUCAUCUGUGGUAUCCUGCUGGGCUGCGGAUGUUGGGUAUUUUACGCGUACCGAAAUCCGCACACCAAGAGCGGUCAGCUGUUAAUUAGAUACCGCCCGAACAAAUGGUCCUGGCGACGAGGAGAGGCCCGCUAUACGGCCGCCACGAUCCACAUGUGAGAACGGCAUCACGAUCAUGACCGCCGCCACCAGCACCAUCACCAUCAACUGCACCAUCAGCAACCGCUGUACCACCCGCAGCAUCCCGAGUACCAUCGACCGUUGGGCAUGCUGAACAUGGUCGGCAACGAGGAGGAACGCCUUCUCAGCUAUCUGUACCAACUGGACGAGCCGGGGGAUGCCGGGCUGGAGGUUGCCGAUUACACUUUCACGACGGACCUAGGCGACUGAAUUGGCGUGUGUAUGAGGGGAUGUGCCUACAAAAGUGUGGGAAGGUUGAAAAAAAAAAGAGUGCGUGCAUGUGAGAAUGGGUGAGACAACUCCUUUGUUAUGUUUCUAUUUUAUGAAAACCGACGCUGAAAAAAAUACUUAACCCUUUUCCCGAAGAUGAUAGGAGCAAGUCCAGGGGUGUGGAUCCCGCCUUAUAUUCCUAAAUCAAAAACAAAAUUUAUAUUAGUGUUUUGUUUUCUAUAAUCUAUCUUUCAAUCAGUUGUAGUGAUAUUUACACCUUUAAUUUAGCUAAAAAGAUAAUCUGUUCAGUCCAGUAAUUUAAGUAAGAACCUAUUGUGAAAAUGAUAAGUUUACCCUUCUUCCCAUUUCGUGCAAUUUUUCUCGUAAAAUUCCUUUGUUUUUCCCAGGAAUAAAAUAUCAUUCAGUAUCACUAAUUGCGACUGACAAAUAUUGUCAUAAACCAGAGCAACUUGAAAUACGUUGUGAUACCUAUUAAUUCUCUUUUAAAGACAUUUACACAUGUAAGUUUCGAAUUUGGCAGACUAAAUUUGGCACUCGAAUCGGAUCUCUCUUUAAGAAUCCACAAAUUAAAUUAGACAGUGGAAAAUGUUUUUUGAAACAAAUAGCUUUCAUAUUUUGUAAGCGGUUUCCACUAUUUUAAACAUCUCACAUAACACAUCACCUGAAAAGCAUAAUCAACUAUAUUUCGAAGAAACAGAGAGAGAACUUGAAAAAGCCUAUACUACAUGUGUAGAAUGAAGAUAAACUUACUAGUAACAAUAUUAGUUAUACUGUUAAGGAAAAGUAGACACAGACACUUUUAGAAAACACUUGGAAAAGUAAAACUGCAAUUUUAAUCGCUUAGCUUUAGGUAACACAAACUGAAAAGCAGAUGGCACGCACUUAAUUGUAUUUAGAAAUAAAGAUAAAACGAAAACUGCUAUGUAACUAAAACACAACUGCGCAAUUGCUAACUUACACGGAUUGCGACGCUUCUAUCCAACGCCGGCAUCAAAAAGUGACCUUUAGGGCCUUCUAAAUUCGAGAGUGUUUGCAAUCAAACAGCUUGGGGUCACUUUGAGCAAAUCAUAGUGGAGCUUUCUACUGUUUUUGUUUUAAAUCACAGUUUACUGGGAAAUACUCUAAAUCGUAAUACAAAUCAGAAAUAUUAAAAGUUAUAUCAUGAAACGCGACCGUCCCCAUGAUCUUCGGGUUGAAAUGAUAGAGUUGUUAUGACGGUUCAUAUAAAGAAUGUUGCACUAUUCAAUCAAUUUUUACUCGAUUUCUUACAAUUAUGUAAAAUAUGACUACAUUUCUAACAGUGUUUUUUAAAAUUUUCGGAUUUUUUUUUCAAACCUGGAAAUAAUUAUAGUGCCUUAAAAUGAUCGAGUAAAUUAGUCCAGAUGUUGCCUUUGUUCCUUUCGGUUUUUGAUUCUGCUUUGAAUAUGCUCAUAACUUGCAUAUAAUUUGAACUUCUUCAUAGAGUGAUGAGAAACAAUUCCCCCAGGUGUGAGCAUUGUAAGGUCACAAACUCGAUCCGUCUACUGAGCCUCUAGUUUGUACAAUGAGAACAAUAAUUAAUAUUUUUCCUCCUAGACUUUGGAUCGAGCUCAAAGUACUAAUUUAUCAUCCGAUUUCGACGAAGAAAAUGUCUUAGAAUGCAGUAAACUGUUUUUGGUUUCGCAAGCACAGCCGUACUCAGAGAAGACGUUCAGUAAAAGUAGGGCAGUAGAUAAAAACAAGUGGAAAGGAAAGACCGAAAUAAACCGGUUGAAAGUAA